UACACAGCACACCUUGCUCAACCUUUGCACAGCAUUGCUGCAUUUUGCAAAGAAGGACAAAAGAAAAAACAAAAUGCAAAGCUUCAGCUAACGCGACAUGUGAGAGCACGGAGAGCAGGGACAAAUGCACACAGGUGACCAGGCCUCGUUCCACGGAGCAAGAGGAGUCUGUUUUUAAUAUUUCCACUCACACAUGGAGUGAAAAUGCUGAACCAAAGGAGACCUAUCACUCAACCUUGCCACCUGGUGGAGCUGUGAAGGUUAAACCCACUGCUGGACAAGAGGAAUAUCACACACACAACUACCUCCCUCAUCUGGGGGAAUGCCUGCUCUGCAACCUUUCCCUCGGUUCCACCUCAUUUUUACCUGCUAAAGACAACAAAACAGGCUGCAUCGUUUGGUGAAGGGUUUCAAACUUUCCUCUCCAGCUUUACUUCACAGAAGUGCCUGGAUGAGGCAGAAAGAGAUUGUUCUCCCUCUGAUGUAUAAGCACAUGCACGCGGGACAUGAUCCACGGCAGUGAGCAACAGUUAACUGUGUCAGUUUGCAAAUAAGAAGCAAAUUGAGCCACACGGGAAAAGUCAUCCCGACAAAAAAAAGGCAGACCAGGAAGAGCAAAGCAAGAUGGAGAUCUCAUCAAAUGACACAUUCUCUGCAGCUCCAACAAUAGCACAAAAUGUCACAGGACAGACGGACAAAACUGCCUCUCACAACUGGGAGUUCUUGGUGGCCGUCCUGGUCACAGCCAUCUCCAUCUCCAUCCUCAUCACCCUUCUGGCUAAAUGCCAGGUGGUCCGCCGUUACCUGGCCAGUUACCGACACACACGGCUGAGGGAGACGGACACUGUGAGCCAGUGUGAGCCCUCAGGCCUAGAGGUGGAGUUUAACGUCCAAAACGGACGUGGGAUGAACCCUCACUCUAUCUCGUCCAUGAGUGAGGAGGACGACGACGGCUUCAUCGAGGACAACUACAUCCCAGCCAUGGAGAGAGCGCGGGCUGAGAGAGCGGCAGAAAUCAUGGAGGACACCGAAGAGGAGAUGGAUGAGAUUGAAUUUUCCAUUGCAUAGUGUCAUAGUCUCAUAGUCUCUCUACACCUCCAACCAUCAAUUCCACUCCCACUCCAAUCAUCUUUACACCCACAGAGGGUGAAUUAUUAUUCUACACAUUUUCAACAUGUGGUUUAUACUGUAGGUCUCAACUAAUGUGCAUUUUAUACACAGGACAAUGAAUAUUUAAGUUAUGUGUGGUGUAUUUAUCAACAUCGGUAACAGUGAUUUAUAUGUGACUUUGUAUGAAUCAAAGGGAUAAAGUUGUGUCUUGAAACAGACAUAUUAUUCUUCCGUAGCUAUUCACAUGAACCAAUCACCACCGUACUGUAUAUGUUAACAGUUUCUCAAUGUUUGAUUGUUUUGAUUAUGGCGUAGACAUGGGACAUGGAAAAUAUGUUUGAGGAUGACUUCAAAUGUGCUGAGUGAAAAACAGCAACAUGUACAUUGAGUUAUACAAAACAUGGGCUGCAAUUAAAAAGCCUGAAGUAAACUUAAAUUAUUUCUUAUAAUUAAAAUCCUUAUAUUUAAACAAUAUAUUUAAACUGAUUGAUUAGCUGUUUAUAGGCUAGUUAUAGUUUUAAUGUAUUUGCAUUAACUUACAUUUUUAAUGCUGCAAGGUUAAAUCAUUCCUUUUGUAGGUAAGACAACAGAAAAAAACAGGGUUAAAUGGCAGCUGUCAUGUGUGAGGAUGUAAUUAUUUAUGCUGCUAUUUUUAAGGAUAGUAACAAUAGGGAGGAAAUGAGCAUAAAUUCAUGACUUCCCAGGAGGAGAAAUCAGGCCCAUAAUUGAAUGAAUGAAUGAACGAAUGAAUGAAUGAAUGAAAGAAAGGACAAAGUCCAUUUGUUUGGCUCUGUUUGAUUCUCACCAGUCACAGAGUGGAGCCAGCAAUACUCACCUUACUUUUUAAACUUCACAAACACUGGAAGAUGAAGAGCAGAGCUGAAGCCUGACACAGCCCUGGAGCGUCGUGGAAGCUGUGGUGAUGAUGAAGGGAGCAGCCUGACAGGUCUCUCUCUCUGUGUGUGUGUGUGUGUGUGUGAGACUGACUGUCAGGACAAGGAGCGACUAUACCCGGAAACACAGAGAACCAAGUUCACGUAGAAGAGCAGGGGAGAAACCGGAACAAUGUCGAUUCUGAAUUCAAAAUAAAGCUCCAGAGUCUCAAUUGUUUACGUUAUUAAAUAAUGUACACAAUUGAGACUUUUAUUUUACAAAUGAUUGGUAUUGAUUUUAAAUAACUAAAAUACAAGCCCUGUACUUGAAAUAAAAACAAGAGUACAAAAAUAAAUGCAGUAAUUACAUGUCAUGAUUUAGUGGAAAAUAAAAGUAAAAAGUUAUUAAAAUGUACUAUAGAUGUUGCAUUUCAGUAGUAGUUUUACAUGUUGUGUAAGCUUAUAAUGUGACAAUCUCAAUAUGACAUGUGACUCUUACUGGGAGGGAAACAUAAGAUCCUAAAUUUCUAUAAUCAUUUGUAGUGGCGUAGCUACAAUCACCAAUAUUGAUGAAAGAAAAGCAUGUCCUUUCAUGUCCUAAACAUUUGCAAUAAAUAAACUGCCAAUAGUUUUCACUAAU